AUGCUCUUCCUUCUUCCAUUCACGCUUUUAUUGUUCCUGAGAUUGCCAGCAAAUUCCAAAAAGAAGCAACAACAAACAAAUGUGCGAAAUGCCCUCUCGGCCCUCCACUCAACGCCAUUGACAACGGGAGACCUUUCCGAUGCCUUGCAACUUGCUUACAAUGAUGAAGGGAUUGCUGGUGUUCUCAGUCACUGCCAUGAAUACAAGAUAACUGAAACUUAUGAACCAAAGGAGCUUGUACGGGCGGCACUCCAAGUUCCGUCAAAGGGGGCGGCAUCCGGGAUCUUGAACGCAUUGAUUGGUUCUUGUUGUUGUCAUGAUGGUGAUGGUGAUGGUGAUGGUCGUGAUUGGAAAUUUGCACCUUCGCCGAUUUCAGAUGGUGAUGCAGUCAAGGAAGAGCACAUGAGGAAUGCUCGAACGGCCUUGCGAAUAUUGCAAGAGUACGAUGAUGCAUCGUUCGAAGAUUUGACGACUACCGCUACAACCGCUAAAUCCAGUACGAUUACAUUGGCCUUGAAACCAAAUGUGGUGACACUGGCAUUAACAUAUACUGCAUCAUUUCAAAGUUAUCCGCGCAUUGCCAACAAACUUCUCUCGCGUGCCAUAAUACGCCAAAACCUCAAGACUUUGGACCGACCAACGGAACUAAGUGGUCAUGGGCAAACUCCAGCAUCAACUCUAGAAAUCCUAUUGGAGUCGGAACACUUUAUGAUUGUCAAUAAGCUUAGUGGAAUGGUCCUUACUACAGCCGAAACGUCAGCAAAUUCCAAAUCGAGAUCCAGCAAACAAAUGAUCAAGGAUGCGCCAAACCUUGAACAAAUUCUUCUUGCACAUCAGGCUGCCCACCACCACAAACCCAUUCGAUUGUCAUCCAUAAAUCCAGACGGAUCGAGAGGCUUUGUACAUCGAUUGGAUCGGGGAACUUCCGGGUGUUUGAUAGCGGCCAAGACGAACCAAUGGCACGCCCGGCUAUUGACGCAAUUCUUCCUUCGGAGGGUGGAAAAAUCCUACAUUGCCUUGGUAUACACCAACUCGAUUUCGCUUCCGGAAGAAGGAACGGUCACGGUGCCCAUUGAUGGACGUCCGGCAAUUUCUUCCUUCCAGGUCUUGGAACGCUAUCCAGACGAUUUGAUAACCAAGAUAAGGGUCACCACCAAACAAGGACGCAAACACCAGGUUCGCAUCCACUGUUCCAAAGGCUUGGGUGCUCCCAUCCUUUUGGAUCCAUUGUAUGGAGGAGAAUCAAUCAUGUACCGUUUACCAAACGAUUCUUGUGCCAAGAAAUACAGAGCACAGCAGAGGAUUUGUCUUCACGCUGAUUCUUUGGCGAUCUCUGAUUUGAAUAUUCCCAAAGUGGAAGCUGCAAUACCCGAAUGGUGGGAUAAUCUUACCAAGGAUAUCCAUCAUUAUUCAUUGGUGAACUGA